GGAAGUUUCUUCAGAGUCGUGUUGCCUUCACGGGCCUCACUCACUCACUCACUCGUUAAUGAGCGGAUGUGACUAAAGUUCAGGAACAUGAAGAAACUUCUUAACGGCUGGUGACGUCAUCACGGUGUUUUCCUUUAUUUCGCGGUGGAGUCCGUGGAGUAUGUGGCGGCUCUUCUCUCUCCGUGAGUCCGCUCUCAGUGCCGUGUUUCCCGGCCACAGAGCGUGGAGCUCCGCGGCGGCGCUGCUGCUGCUGCUCUCCGUGUUUGCUGCGUGUUCCCGGGCAGAGGAGCAGCAGGAGGAGGCGUCCUGUCACGGAGCUUAUGACCUCUACUUUGUCCUGGACAAGUCUGGAAGUGUUUCAGCCGACUGGAUGGAGAUUUACUCGUUUGUGAGGAACCUCACCGACCGCUUUGUCAGUCCCAGGAUGAGAGUGUCCUUCAUCGUGUUCUCAGCCUCAGCUAAAGUGCUGCUGCCUCUGACAGGAAACAGACAUAAGAUUGAAGAAGGUUUGGAGAAUCUGCGUCAGGUGAAACCAGCAGGUGAAACCUACAUGCACGAGGGGAUCAAACAGGCCACAGAUCAGAUGAAGAAACAGACGCAGACGUCCAACAGCAUCAUCCUGGCUCUGACCGACGGGAAGCUGGCGGUGUACGUGCACGAGCUGACGCUGAAGGAGGCGGACGAAGCGCGGCGAUACGGCGCUCGAGUUUACUGCGUGGGAAUCAAAGACUUUGACGAGCAGCAGCUGGCAGAAAUCGCAGACACCAAGGACCAAGUGUUUCCUGUCAAAGACGGUUUCCACGCCCUCAAAGGCAUCGUCAAUUCUAUAUUAAAGCGCUCGUGUACAGAGAUUCUGACUGUGGAACCGUCCACUGUCUGUGUGAACGAAACCUUCGACAUCGUCCUCAGAGGAAACGGAUUCACUCAGGGACGGAGCAGUGAAGGAGUGAUGUGUAGUUUCAUCAUCGACCAACAGACCAUCAAUAAUAAACCCAGUGUGGUUCGCAGUGAUUAUCUGCUGUGUCCUGCUCCAAGACUGUAUGAGGAGGGACAAUCCAUGGACGUUCUCAUCAGCCUCAACAAUGGGAAAACGUUUAUCUCCUCUGCCUUCACCAUCUCUGCAUCCACCUGUUCUGAUGGUCUGGUCAUUGCCAUCGUCUUCCUGGUUCUGCUCCUCCUCCUCGCUCUCGCGCUCAUGUGGUGGUUCUGGCCUCUGUGCUGCACACUGGUCAUCAAAGACCCGCCUCCGCUGCCGCCGCCUUCUCGGCCACCGCCUCCUGAACCCGAGCCUCUGCCAAAGAGCAAAUGGCCAACAGUGGACGCGUCGUACUACGGAGGCCGAGGAGCCGGAGGAAUCAAACGGAUGGAGGUUAGGACACUCUUCAUCUCUGAAGCUCCUGCUCCUGUUUGUGGAGAAGAAGAAGAACAAGACCAGAAGAUCAGGUGUCUGUGUUGUGUGGUGUGUGUUCAGGUGUGUGUUCAGGUGUGUUCAGGUGUGUUUUGUGUGUGUGUUCAGGUGCGUUGGGGGGAGAAAGGUUCCACAGAGGAGGGGGCUCGGCUGGAGAAAGCUAAGAACGCUGUGGUGACAGUUCCAGAGGAAACAGAUGAACCCAUGGUCCAGCGUCCUAGAAAUCCAGCUCCAGUUCAGCAGCAGCCCCAACACAAGUGGUACACGCCCAUCAAGGGUCGUCUGGAUGCUGUGUGUGCUCUGCUGCGACGACAGUAUCACAGAGUUUCACUCAUGAGACCAACGUCUGCAGAUCAGGGUCGAUGCAUGAACUUCGAGCGUGUUCAGCGUCAGUAGAAGAA